UGUGGGUCCUCAUGUUUUGGUCCAGAUUAGGCACACUCAUGUGAAGCUACCGCAAGUCCUACACCUGACAUGUUUCUAAACAUUCUUCAUAGUUAUCAAGCAAUUUUAGUUAGUGCAUGGCAUACCUUGACCCCCUAUAUAUAUGUAAUGUAUUUUCUUGAGAUGGCAAUUCCAACCCAAGUGAUCUUAUCUAGCUCUACCACUUAAUAAUAAUAUCUUUAGACGUUGAUUCAUAUAUAUCUAGCUUUCUAGCUCCAUCAUGAAGACUGGAAACAGAUUUGUGGGGAUAGCUCAUGCCAAGCAGAAACUUCAGAGAACACUUUCACAAAGAAUCAAAAUGGCUUCAGCUGUUGCUGAUGUUCCAAAAGGCCACUUGGCAGUGUACGUUGGAGAGAACCAUAAGAGGUUUGUGAUUCCAAUAUCUUACCUAAGCCACCCUUUAUUCAGAGACUUGUUGGAUUGGGCUGAAGAAGAAUUCGGAUUCAAUCACCCAAUGGGUGGUCUCACUAUUCCAUGUACUGAAGAUUACUUCAUUAGUCUAACUUCUUCUCUUAAUUAAUUACUAUUACUAGUUCAAAAGCUGGCAAUGCUUUCAUUGGACAUUGGUUAUUUUCAUUUUCCUAGUGGAUAAGGAUUACCACCAAGUUAGAUUAGGCCUUCCAUUCACAUUUUGUUCUAGAGAUUCUCCUUAAUCCAAUUGCAUCCCAAGUGAUGAUGUCUUCAAAAUUUGUAUAUAUUUUUUGCACAAUUGAGUUUCAAGCAAAUUUAUGUU